UUUUGAUGUAACUCUCGGAAGCAGCAGCUUGAUUCCGUCCAUUGGUAGAGAUCGUGGUGUGAAGAGGCUCUUUUACUGAAAAGCUAAUGGGACGGUUGUUUGGCUAACUCAGCUAACGCUUAUUUGACGGUGUGCCUGUCAAACCAGUCCUUCCACCCUGACCACACCGCGCUCAGAGCCGAGGUGAGAAGGAGGAGGAGCAGGAAACAUGACGAGCUUUGCCAGCAAAGUGUUCUGCCGGGUGGAGAGGCUGUGCCACCACCUGCCCGUGGCCCUCAACACCUUCCUGGUCUUCUCCAUCACCGGCGAGGUGAGCUACCUGGUCAUGGUCGAGGCUCCGCUGGAGCCGGACCAGAAGAAGACGCAGUGGUCCGUCUGGUGGAAGCUGGUCCACCUGCUGGCCCAGUACUUCAUGCUGGGCAACAUCUGCUGGAACGCCCUGCUCUUCGUCAGGACCAGUCCCACCAUCAGGGGGGUGUUCCUGGGAGGAGAGGGCGUAGGCCAGGGCUGGAGGUACUGUUACACAUGCGAGACACACACUCCGCCCCGCUGCUCCCACUGCUAUGACUGCAAAGUGUGUGUGCUGCGGCGGGAUCACCACUGCGUCUUCUUUGGCCAGUGCGUGGGCUUCCGCAACUACCGCUUCUUCCUCAGCUGCUUGUUGUUCAUGUGGUCCGGGCUCCUGUACGCCACGCUGAUGAACGCAGAGGUCUUCAUCGUCAUAUUGAAGGAGGGGGUGAGUGUGCACAGCAUCCUGCUGCUGCUCAUACCCUGGAUCAUGCUUGUUUCAGGUCAGGUCUCAACGCGCGCCUUUGCCUUCGCCUUCAUCGCUGACACAUGUGUUGUGGGCUUCCUGCUUGUGUCCGCAUUCUUCUUCUUCCAUCUUUUCCUGCUGUUCCGGGGACAGACCACCAGGGAGUGGUACUCGUCCCGUAGACCCUACAACCUGGGACUCCUCGGCAACAUGCGUCACACCCUGGGCCUUCGCUGGUACCUCUGCUGGCUCUGCCCGCUCAUCCCGUCACCUCUGCCUGGAGAUGGGCUAAGCUUCCAGGUCACGGGGUCGCUGGAACCCGCCCGGUAAUGCUAGAAAGUCUGAAUGUUAACAGGCUGUAUUUCUUUACUUUAGUGGUGAUGGUGAAUGGAAUCCGGGAUCAGCAGCAGGGAAGAUUGAUUCAGAUCAAGAAGAGAAAGCUUGGGAUGGGGAGAAGCUAGAAUAACAGGGGUUUUUGCUGGAUUGUACUGCCUACCAGUAUCUCCUCUGUAUCUUUUACCUGAGGAUUAAUGGGUCUACUUUGGAAGGUGCAUUGACCUUGACCUAAAGGUUUUCUUUACACUCACUGAGGCCUCAAGUUCCUCCGGAAUACCGAGCACUGAAAAUGCAUAUAAACACCACUGAAACCAGAAUGUAUUUUAUUGAUCAUAAAAUAUUUACAAUUUUAAAUCGUCAUUAACAGGCGCUCGCAGUUACAGACUGUGACUCCUGUGUUGUGCUCAUCCUGGAAUGAAUGAAGAGUUUCUCACACAGCUCGGCUGCCUAAAACUGAAGGUUGAACAAAUUUGACUUGCACUUAAUAAACCACAGGGUUAUAAAAUAUACCAUCAUUAACCUCCUAUCUGCGGUGAUUAUUAAGAUUUUAUUACACUGAACUUUUACUGGAUAAAGACACAAUGUGUUAAAAUCUGCAGGAGAACACGUGUAUAAGAAAAUGAUCAGCAUGAAUCGCACAUGAUGUGAAAGCUAAUGUUGAAGUUUACGUAGUGUUAGUAAAUGCAGGAUUUCUCCAUGUUUCAGUCAGUCAGUAACUGUUCCAAACCAAUCCUACAGUGUCAUAACAUGACACGUUCAACUUCUGACUCGAGUGACUACUAUGUGCCUAUUGUUCUUGAAGUUAGUACAGUAUACUCAAUAUACUCCAAUCAAUCUGUGACAGUUAAACUCGACAAAAAGUGUUGGUUCCAAAAAUCUUAUUGUUAUAUGCUUUUCCUCUAUUUCCUGGAAAAGUUUCACCAGACUGUUUUGAGCAUAUUUCAUAUUUUUUCUUAUUUCGUCACUUUUCUGGUGUGAACACGCUACACACUCAGAACCUGCUUCGAUUUAAUAAAUAGGAUUAGAGACACAGAUAACAUGUCUGACAACAGUUGAUGCCAACUUCACGUUUGUUGCCUCAUUACAAAACCACCACCUGUACAAACACUCCCUUUUGCUUUAUGUCAUUUUAAUGAUCCCAUGCCUAUGUUUUGACAGGUGCUCUUACAUGUCCUAUACUACAUUUACAUUACAACCAAAAAUAUUGUUUGUCAGUAUUGUAUGUUGUUUUGCUAACGUCUGCCUAAUUUUUUUCACCCUGCUAUUUCCUACGGAUGGGGUCACUUGAUGUGUGGUUUUGUGAUUAAAGUGAUUUCAUAUAUUAAAUUAAUUGUAUAUAUGGAACUGUUGAAAAAUUAUGAAUUUUAUUACUUUUUAAUCUGAAAAUUUGUGCAAAUUAAGUUGCAGUGAUUAAAGUCGGGUUGAAAAUUG